CAAGACAGAGGCAACACACACAGACACUUAAACACUUUGGUUGUUGAUAGAGAGCAGUAGAGGGCUCAACCUUGGCAUUCGUUUAAUGAGGCAGUUAUGCCUCUUCAGAUGGACUGUGUUAAGAAGGCUGUACUGAAUCAGUUUUUUGGCUUUAAACUCCAUCUGUUAUAUUUUGGAGCCUGCGCCACACCUUACCUCAGCUCACAGUCAUGGCAGGUGGUCUCAGCUGUUCCCCUUAUGGGGUGUAAAAAAACAGACAGCCGACCUCUGUGAUUCCCAGUAUGAUGCAGGAUACCAUCCAACUCCUUUUACACUCCCAAUCAACUCUAAACACUCCAGACUCCUUUACAUGUAAAAGCACUCUCUACUAUGGGUACUCCCACAUCCAUGGUACAUGGUAGCCACAGCAGUGCCAGUGGUCAGGUGGAGUGUGGUGUGGAGAAGCCAUGUGCUUCUCCAGCUCUAAGCACUGACCGGUCUGAGGAAGGCAAAGUCAACACACGGCUGUUCUGCUAUCUCUGCAAAAUAGCUGUUAACUCACCAUCCCAGCUACAGGAACACAACAGAGGCACUAAGCACAAGACCAUUCUUGAGGCACGCAGUGGUCUGGGACCCAUAAAGGCUUACCCACGUCUGUACUUCUCCUCUAACCCAGGCCACAGUGCUCAGGAACGCACAUUUCACUGUGAGAUCUGCAACGUCCGAGUAAAUUCAGAACCCCAGCUCAAACAGCAUAUAUCCAGCAGAAGACACAGGGAUGCAGUAGCAGGGAAGUCAAACCCACUAGUAGGCCAUCACAAGAGCCUUGGCUCAGCAGAGCUUAUGUACACUCUGUUAUUCCAUAAGGAUUUGUCCAAAUCCUUCAAUUAUGGCCUCUUACCCAAUACCAUGGCAGUUGCUGCAGCAGCCACUUCAUCCAAUCAGCUUGCUCUCUGUACUGCUGGACCCUCCCCACACCUGUAUCUCCCCAUCAUCCAUACCACACAGUUGAAUCCAACUCUCCUACGACCUGCCCUAAGAUACUGUAACUGGCUCAGUCUCAUCUGUCCAGGAUUUCCUGCUUAGCCAGCUAACUUUAAGCUUAGUUGGAUCUAACCCUGGAAUUUCUGUUGGGAUACAUCACCAUGGCAACACAUCACUUGUUGGAACAAAACCUUGUGUAUCCAAAAUGGUAACUUUACAGGAGAAGAAAAAAACCUACUUUACUUUUAAUGUAGGUCAGUGGACCCAGACUUUUUUCUUUAGGUCUGUUCAUCACUAAAUUUACAAACAACAUAAAGGGUUAUGGGUAUUUUCAAAUUAUGUCAAAAACAAAAAAAAAAACCCACAAAUGGAGAUACAAGGUUCUCUUUUGACAGCAGUGAUAUGCUGUUUGCCUAUGCUGCACCAACAACAUUAGUACUUACACAGUGGAGAUCUUUGCUUUUUACCAUUAUGAAAGCUUUAAUUAAUACAUAUUUGCAUAGUAUGAUUUUCUUUCCUUCAUUGGUGGCAUAAUAUUAAUGCUUCAAAUCAAAUAAACAAAGAAACAAACACAAAACAUUACUUUGUCAUGACUUUUACCCUGCAUUUUCUCUUUUUACGUUUUUCAAAAGUAACUUAAGCAGCCAUGUAAGGCACUUAUUAGGUGGAGCCAGCAUUGGUGCUGCCACCUCUAAAUUAGCAUUAUUGCACCAAAUAGACAACACCACACAUAAUUCAAUGCCUUGACCAAUCACAUACAUUAUAUACUACAGCACUAACAUACUCAUGUGCAAUUCAUGCCACAAUACACAAUUCUCUGUAUAAUCACUGCUGUAAUGAGGUAAGUACUAUACUGUAAGUACUUUAUUCCAGUACUUUGCAGUACCAAUGCCACAACUGUACAUCAUUGUUUAGCUGAUAAAGCAUAUGAGCUGUUAGAAUUGAAUUUUUUUGCUCUGCCCUGUGAUCACAUCAUGGGCUUAAUACAUCACUUUUUUCUUCUUGACAGGAACAAGAACAGAAGUAGGAUUUAUUCAGGUCUAGGCCAUCUGCUGCUUCAUGCUAAUUUAAUUUUGUAAUUUGUUCAUUUCAAGUGAUUCUAAAUCUAGCCAGUUAACAAAAUGAUUUGCUAAUUAUCUAACUUUGUACCAGCAGCAGACAUGUUACAUCUCAUUAUUUCACUGGUGUAUUGAUAAAUCAGUCUUCUACACCCUUUAAUCCAGAUCUUAUGUCUCUCCUCUGAUGUCAAUGAUAAAAGAGUACAAAUUCACUCCUUUCUCCAAACUCUUGGGUUUCUCCAAACUCAUCCUGUGCUGCAAUAUAUAUGAGCCAUGAAUAAGAUACCAUGAUUGACUUUUAAAGCCAUAAUGAUUCUCAAUGCAAACGUUUCAACUUCUCUAUCCCUUCAGAUCAGAUGAACAAAUGAUUUGAACUCACUGAACUUAAUAAUACGUAGCUGUGGUAAUGGCACAUCUCCAAACAUCCUCUAUUGGUUUCUUCAUUCCUGAAACACUCAUGGUUUGUUCAUUUUUUUUUCUUUCUCACUUUUACUUGACCUGAUGUUGAAAAUGUUAUUGAAAGUGAAAUAAAAUCUGCUUUGGUUUGUA